AUGUCCGAUUCAGAAAGUGUGGGAGGUUCGUCUGUGACAACCAUCGAAAGUUUACCAUUUGAAACCAUUAUUUCCAACAUCAAAGAGUCAGUGGCGGAGACUAUUGAGUCUGAGGAUUAUUUGAGCUAUAGUACCAUCCUUGAUAUCUAUCUAUCGGAUCCAUCAAAAUACACCACAGAUGAGAGAGAGACUUUGUUACAGACAGUUCUAGAUGUGUUGAAUGAAAACCCAAAGUUGACAUACGAAAUUGGCUGGGACUUGCCCAGUCUUUUGAUUGCGUUUUUUGAACUGGACUUCAAGUUUGAUACUGCGUUAAGGCAUUCUCCUUGUAGUGUCCGUGUAUUCUACAUAUUUAAUUGUUUGGCCAAGCUUGGUAAUCACAAGGAGUUGUUUUUGAAGUGCUGUGAGUUGUUAUCCACCGUUAAAUUAGAAGAUAUUGAUGUGUCAAGUGAUGAUGAUAGUGUGAGGGAGAGAUUCCUUUACUUGAAAUUGUAUCUGUUAUAUGAAUUGAUUAACACCAAUCUCAAGAAUAUUGAAACUCUUUAUCCUUCUCGGUUCUUAUCUAUGUGCAUAUCUUCAUUCCUCAAUUCAAUUUAUAUCAGUUUGGAUCGGACUAGAGACAUGGAAUUUUACUUCAAGAGAAUUUAUAGUUUUGUCAGGAAUUAUAAUGCUAUGCCAUUGCCUAAGGACCAUGGAUUAUCGAAAGAGGAAUUGCAAAAGGUUAUAGCAGAUGAAGAGUACUUGCAAAGGAAGCUUCUACAAGGGUUUGUGUCGAAUGCAAUCUUUUUAAUAGGAAGACACUGGAUCCCAAGCCUGGCACAUAAUUACAUUGGUUCAAUUGUUAAUCGUCCUACGGAGGAUUCCACUUUGCUUGUCAUAGACAGAUUGUAUGAAUUGUGUAUGAGCUUUGAUAUGGAUUUGGACAAAGUCUUUACAGACAUUAUUGUGUCUACCCAUGAAAUAUUCCACAAAUUUGAUUUGACCAUAAACGAAGAUGAUGUUUUAAGCGAAAUGUUCGAAAAGUUGGUGGUGGACUAUCAAGAAAACCUCUUCACAAACAUCAUAAAUAAGGAUUUGAAAGAGAUUGAAAUCAGCAAGUUGGGAUGUCUUCUUUACCAUGCACGCUCAGUUGCAUUUGAUACAAAGAAGAACCAUUUUCCUGUUAAUCUCAGUUUCACUGAUGCUGUGAUGUUAACUUUAAGAUUGAUUGUCCCUAUGCUAGUCAGUCCUAAUUUCAAUAAUAAUUCUGUUAAGGACUUGGUGGUCUUUUGGUCAUGGUAUGCAAUCGAAAAACUGACCUUUGAAAAGAAGAAUUUAACUUUAGAGGUCAGUGCCAUUCCUAAGGUAUAUUUGACUACCUACUGCCUGAUGUUGUUAUUUAUCUGUUCCUCUUGUCCUUCGCUGGACUUGAAGGACUUUAGGUUUGACACCUUGACCUUGGUAUCUAAAGUUUUGGCUUCAGCACCCGAACAAACCAGUUAUACCAUUAUCUUGGAUUCUUUGAGGAAUUGUCCUUUGGAAAAUAUGAAGGCUGCUUUGAUCGGUGUUUUGAAAGAAUUGUUUACCAAAGAUAAGGCUACUGAUGAUGAUCUUGAACUGGAUUUGAAACUGUUGGCCUUGGAUCUGGAUGAGAGAACCUCAAACCCUCCUGCUUUACCAUCUCGUGAUGUUAAGAAAUCCACCAAAUAUUUGACGUUGACUGAAAAUAGGUUUUUGGAUGUCUUGGAUCUAAUUGAUACAACUAUUGAAAGCUCUUUCAUUGAAGUGGAAAAUGACCAAGAUUCGGAAACUGAAACAGAAACUGAUGAUGUGAAGUAUUACAGAAUUAACAGUGGGCCAUUGAAUACUUUGUCUGCUGAAUUGAACCUUUUGGUUAUCUUGAAGAGCUAUGAUGCUUUCAAAGCCCACCAAAAUAGAGUUGAUUCAAUAAUCUCAAACUUUAACAAGAUUUUGUCGACCGCUAAAUCUCAGUUCAAGGGUUCAUCAAAUGAGUUGAAUGUCUUUGAGAUGCUUUCAAUUACAGUAGAUAGAAUCACCAUUUGA